AUGGAUUGGGACCUACUAAUUAAAUUCCAUGUUUUCCACCGCAUAAUCAUCAUCCUUGAAACUUGGGUAGCUAGGUCCUUUGUCAACAUCAAGAGGCCAUGCCAGAGAGACGUUUCUGUAAUUAAGCUUGUUUGGAUUGUCUGUGCCCAUUUUGUGAAAGAAAACUGUUCAAUGGAAACUGGAUCGAGUUCGGAGUUCUUGGAUAGGGGCAAAGCUAUGAGGAGUGGCACUGGCAAGAAACACGACGUUGGUGCCGCCAAAGUUGAGCCCUUUGUCCCAAAAAGUGAUCACAAUCCUAAAGAGUUGAGGUCGUGGGCCAAGAGAACUGGGUUUGUGUCUGAUUAUUCUGGGGAAGCUGGGACUAGUGCCAGUGAGAAGUUCGAUAGUGUUGGGUUUGAUGUGAAGAGUGUUGAUGAUCAGAAAGAAGGAGGGUCCUCUCCCAAGAUAGAGAUUGAUCCGGUGCUGGGGUUGGCGAGGCCUAAUAGGGACAAUGAGAUUGAACCGGUUUUUGUGUCCAAGCAUGGAGUCCUGAGAAGUGAGAAUGAGAGAGUUUUGAAGUCAAAGGAUGAGUGGAAUGGGGGAAUGUGGAGUCAAAACCAGAAGAGGAAAAACAGGGAUGAGCCUACUUUGGCUUUGGCUGGUGAUGGUGAUAAGAAAGGUGGGUUGAGAGGGUAUGGUGAUGCUAAUGUAGUGAUGGUGAAUACGAAUCGGGAUAGUAAUAGCCAUGGAGUUUCAGCAGUUGCUCCUCUUCCAGAGCAGAAGAAGGAGGAGGAAGUAGUAGCUGAAGAUGUUAAGGUGAAUCUCUUUCCAGAGGGGGAAGAACCUGCUACUGGAGGGUGGCAGGGACCAUCUGGAUUGAACUACGGGAUCACAGAAAAUCCGGGUCUUGUACCUCUUAUCUAUUACGGCCUGCAGCACUACCUGUCAUUGAUUGGCUCGCUAGUAUUAAUCCCAUUAAUCAUGGUACCAACCAUGGGUGGAACAGAUAACGAUACUGCAAAUGUAAUUUCUACGAUGCUGUUUCUCUCCGGCGCAACAACGGUAUUACAUUCCUAUUUUGGCACCCGACUACCUUUAGUUCAAGGGAGCUCCUUUGUGUAUUUAGCACCAGCGUUGGUUAUCAUAAAUGCUGAAGAAUUUCGAAAUCUAAGGCAACAUAAAUUUAGGCACACAAUGAGGGAGCUCCAAGGAGCUAUAAUUGUUGGUUCAGUAUUCCAAUGUAUCCUGGGACUUAGUGGUUUAAUGUCUCUUCUUCUCAGGAUCAUCAACCCAAUUGUGGUGGCUCCAACUGUUGCUGCUGUAGGUUUAGCAUUCUUCAGCUAUGGCUUUCCGCAAGCUGGCACUUGCAUGGAAAUUAGCAUUCCGCAGAUAGCAUUAGUUCUAAUAUUCACACUGCAUCUUCGAAGAAUAUCUAUCUUUGGACACCACACAUUUCGAAUUUAUGCAGUUCCUUUGAGUGUUACAUUAACUUGGAUAUAUGCGUCGUUUUUAACAGCUGGGGGAGCAUACAACUACAAAGGAUGCAAUCCCAAAAUCCCAAGUUCAAACAUUCUGACUGAUGCAUGCAGAAAGCAUGCUUAUACCAUGAAACAUUGCAGGACUGAUGUAUCCAACGCGUUGUUAACUUCUGCAUGGCUCAGAAUUCCUUACCCUUUACAGUGGGGUUUCCCUAUUUUCCAUUUUAGGACUUGCAUAAUCAUGGCCAUAGUGUCGCUGGUAGCUUCUGUGGAUUCAGUUGGAACUUAUCAUUCUGCAUCUCUGCGAGUCAAUUUGAGGCCUCCAACUCCAGGAGUCGUGAGUCGAGGAAUUGCAUUGGAGGGUUUCUGUAGUAUAUUGGCUGGUCUUUGGGGUUCGGGAACUGGCUCAACCACCUUGACAGAAAACAUUCACACUAUUGACACAACAAAGGUGGCAAGUCGGAGGGUAGUGGAAUUGGGAGCAGCAUUCAUGAUUCUCUUUUCCUUUAUGGGAAAAGUGGGUGCUCUGCUUGCUUCCAUUCCUCAGGCCUUGGCUGCUUCUGUACUGUGUUUCAUUUGGGCUCUUAUAGCAGCUUUGGGCCUUUCAACCUUACAGAAUGGUCAAUGUGCAAGCUUCAGGAACAUGACAAUAGUAGGUGUUUCAUUGUUCCUUGGGUUAUCCAUCCCUGCAUAUUUUCAACAAUACAAGCCUCAAACCAGUCUGAUACUGCCCCCUUACCUCGUACCUUAUGGGGCUGCAUCUAGUGGACCAUUCCAUUCUGGCAUUAAACAACUUGAUUUUGCAAUCAAUGGUCUUAUGUCCUUAAACAUGGUGGUUACACUAUUGGUGGCAUUCAUACUGGACAACACUGUCCCAGGAAGUCAACAAGAACGAGGGGUGUAUGAAUGGUCACGACCCGAAGAUAUUGCAACUGAUCCUUCACUGGUAUCCGCAUAUUCUUUGCCAAGGAAAAUUGCUAGAUGUUUCGGUUGGGCGAAAUGUUUGGGAGUCUGA